GACCAAGAACAGGUCAAGGAGGUAUGCCAAGGCAUUGGAUUAAGCGCGUAUCAAGAAACUCUACAUUUUUAGCUUGUCCCGAACUUUACAGCCAUACUGGUUGGGCCAUGGAUACUGGGCAACCCCCCUAUGCCGUGUUUUUUUUUCUCUCCUGAUUUCUCUUGCGAUCUCUCCCUUUUCUUUACUCUAUGUACACCAACGCCAUAUGAUCUUCUUCAAGUCUCUCUUACCACCAUUUGUACUUUUUAUCCACAAAGGCUUACUCUAUUACUGCUAGCUUUUAUUCUAUAUUCUCAAAAGGUAAAGAAUAAGAAACCGAUGGAAGCAGAAAAAUAGCCCUAGCUAAUCGGAUAUUUGCAGAUACACACAAAGAACCAAUCGAUAUAUCAUGGGUUGCUGUCAAUCAACAUUCGAUCGAGAGGGUAAAUCUCGCAAUGACCAAAUCGAUGAUCAGAUCAGAAGAGACAAGGUGAAUCUCAAGAAUGAGAUCAAGAUGCUGCUCCUAGGUAAAAAAAA